UUAAAAUGAAACGAGCUUUAUUGUGAUUUAUUGUGACAAGGGAAUGUCAAGUUUAUUUCACGUAAUAUUGAAUUAAUUAAAAUACAAAAGUAUUUUUGAAUACCACGAGCAUAUUAACAAGAGGAAGUUUUAGUUAUUAAUUUAUAAUGUUAAGGAAUUUGCUACGCACUACGACAUCUCAAAAUUUUCAGAUUAUACCCGUAAGAUAUAAACAAGCUAAGUUUCCCAAAACAGAUAAGAAGUUACAAGCUGCAGCGGAAUCACUUGCAUCUAGAGGGUUUCUUCGUCCAAAUAAGCCAUGGGAUCCUCCAACAGACAUAAAUGAGACAAUAGUUAAGAUAUGUUCUGAAAAUGGACUCAAAAAUGAUAGCGAGUUUGAUUCUCUUGAAGUCAAGUAUACUGUACUGAAGGCAUGUUUUGAUGAAACUGGACACAGUGUGCCUAACUCCUUAUUGCAUACCAUUGAGACUGUGGAUGACCUAAAGCACUUUUAUAAUACCCCCAUUGAUACAAAGACUCCAUUUGAUGCAUUGAAGAAAAUGGAUCUGCCUAAGAAUUUACACGUCCAAGAGGACUAUGUUCGCUUUCACCCAGAUAAAGAUACCCUGUUCAAUGGAAAGUCUGUGUUCCCGAAAAGCUCUACCAUAGUGUCUGGUCUGAAAACAAGGAAAAAAUAUGAAGGCUACAUUGCUAAGAGAUCAUGGCCUUGAUCUAGUUUUGUGUUUCUAGCUGUUAGAUUAUAAUAAUUAUAGUAGGUAUGUAAAGGAAUAAUAAAGUUAUUGCAA